AACACAUUCAAGACGGAAUUUUUCAAACUCUAUUGCAGCACAAUAUCUAAUUUAUAUUCUAUCGAGCUUUAAAGCCUUUUAUAAUAAAAAAUAAAGAGGGUGCAAAAUAAAUAUAAAAUAAUAUAACCUUUAAUUAAUAAAAUGAGUGACAUGAAGAAUGGAAAUAAUUCAAUAAAAUAUAACACCAUGCAACGUCAGGGUAGUGACGAUUCAGUAGAGGUUCACGCUUUUGAUGAUUUGAAUUCGCUUGUCAAGAAUGAAAAUGGAUAUGAAGAAUCGGAAUCCCUUUCGUCUCUAUCAGCAACAUCUUUCAAUUAUAUUAAUUCAAUUGUUGGCAGUGGUGUUAUAGGAAUACCGUACGCUCUCGUCCGAGCUGGAUUUGGUCUAGGGUUAAUUAUAUUGGCAGUCGUAGCGCUCGUUACGGAUUAUAGUCUGACAUUGAUGAUCAAAACGGCUCAUUUAUCUGGUCGAUUCACUUAUCCUGGUGUAACUGAGAGUGCUUUUGGAAAAGUUGGAUAUUAUUUGUUAUCGCUUUUACAAUUUAUGUAUCCAUUCUUGGCAAUGAUUUCAUAUAAUGUCGUUGUCGGUGAUACACUUUCUAAAGUCCUAAUACGCUUUUAUCCACAUCUUGGAUCAUCAAUGGGUUCUGUACGAUUUUUUGUUGUCUUUCUUGUUACACUGUUUGUGACAACACCACUAUGUUUAUAUAAGAACGUUUCUCGUCUUGCAAAGAUCUCGUUUAUAAGUCUUGCCUCUGUAAUACUCAUCCUUUUGGCAAUCGUCUACAAAUUAUUCAAUGGUGAUUAUGCUAAUGUUCCACGUCCAAAAGACGCUUAUGCUUUUGCACAACCUGACAUCUUACCAGCUACAGGAAUUAUUGCUUUUGCAUUCUUUUGUCAUCACAGCACGUUUUUAAUUUAUCAAUCGAUGAAAGAAUCGUCAUUGGAACGAUGGGAAAAAGUAACUCAUAUUUCAAUUAGUUUUGCAUGGCUGGUUGCUACAUUGUUUGGCAUUGUUGGAUAUGCCACAUUCACCACACUUUCACAAGGCGACCUUUUAGAGAAUUAUUGCUAUGACGAUAUGAAUUUGGCGAGAGUACUUUUUUGUGUUAGCAUACUGCUAACGUUUCCGCUAGAAUGUUUUGUUGCACGAGAGAUUAUUCGAACGCAAAUUAAACGAUUCUACUCUCAUGAACUUGUUGAGUACGACAAGAAUGUUGAUCCAAAGGAGGCGAAGGAUGAAGACGGUAAUAAUUUAAUAAUCACAUUAUUUGUUGUCUUUGCUGCAUUCUUCGUAUCACCGACAAGUGAAUGUCUCGGACCUAUACUGGAAAUAAAUGGACUCUUAACAGCAAUUCCUUUAUCUUACAUUUUGCCUGGAUUAAUUUUCAUAAAACUCGACCCGCAUUCGUUAUUUAGUCGUGAAAAGCUUCCAGCAAUUUUCCUCGUUGUGUUCGGUUUGGCUGUUUCCAUUUCAGGCGUUAUUGUUCUACUGCCAAGCUUAUUUGAUCCCCAUCUUGAUUGUUCAACGGGAAUUAUAUUGGGUUACUGUAAGGAUGACGAUGUGCUGGUAAAUGCAACCGCAAGUCCUACGGCACGACUUCCAUUACCAAAAUUUAAAACUUAAACCCACAAAAACACUCUUUUGGUGUCACGAAAAAAGGACGAAGGUAGUAAAGAUAAGGACUUAUUGCUACAUUAUCAAAUGAAUAUUACCGUCUACAGAAACAUCCACAUUUAUCGUUUUACAAAUGCACACUUUAUUUAAAAUAAAAACAAUUACAAAGGAACUGCUCCUUGAAACUUUUAAAAUGGCCAAGUAACUUAGUGGAACAAUCUGAAAAAUCAAAGUCAUAUCAUUUUUCCGUAGUGGAAAUGGACGAUGAAAAAAAUAUUGAUAAAUUUUGUAAACAAAUGACUAAAAAACUUUUAUGAACAUUUAUUAGAAUUGAAGGAUAUAAAAGCUUGAAGUUGAUAUGAGAAAAUCUAUUUACAUAUAUGUAGAGGAAACAGAAGUUAUA